AAAAAUUUGACAUCUGUGUCUUGUCUUGUUACGAAGAAAAUAUUAUUAAGCUGAUAGAAAAACAAUGAGUGACGACGAUGAAGCCACUCAGGAAGUCGAAGAAAACUACUAUGCCUUUUUGAAUCUUCCAAAGAAUGCCACAAGUGAACAGAUUAAUGCUGCUUACCGAAAGCUCAGUAGGAUCUAUCAUCCCGACAAACAUGUCGAUCCCAACAGUAAACAUAAAGCUGAAACAUUGUUCAAUCGCACAAAACGAGCCUACGAAGUUCUCUCUGACCCUCAUAAACGUGCAAUCUAUGACUGUGUUGGCGAAAAGGGUUUAAAGACUGAUGGUUGGGAGAUCGUGCAUAGAACAAAAACUCCAGCUGAAAUAAGGGAGGAGUACGAGAAUUUGGCAAGAGCUCAAGAAGAGAGGAAACUUCUGCAACGCACAAAUCCCAGGGGUAACAUUACAAUCAAUGUGAAUGCAACUGAGCUGUUUGCGCCUUAUGAUGAUGAUGAAAUUCCAAAGAUUGAAGUGUCGUCUAUGAGCAUUUCCCAAUCCAUCGAAGCACCUAUCACCUUAAAAGACACUGUGACAAUGUCUGGCAACCUUCACUCUUCCAACGGAACAGGAAGUGGCAAUUUUCUUAUAUCUGGACGUAGGCUUAUUAAUAAAGGUUGGCUUGAACUUGAUCUUGGUGCUGGAAAUGGUCCAAUGAUGGGAGUUAAAGGCUCGAGAAACUUGAGUCAAAAAGUUUUCUGUAAUGGAGGUUUAUCACUUAAUUUCCGUGAAAGUGGUGUAGUGCCAGCAUUUGUUACGACUCUCGCUGUUCAAUUGGAUAAACACACAAUCGGUUAUUUGACAUACAAUGCAAGCGCACAGUCAUCAAUGUCAACGUCCAUUGAAAGUCAGACUGAAAAACACGCAUGGAAUACUUCUUUGUUGAUUGGGGUUCCGCAUUGUUAUAUUACUGCAUCGUACACCAGGAAAUUGAUUCAGUAUGAGCUUAAAUUGAAAGUAGCUGUUAAGGCUGGUACUUUUGGUUUUCUAACAGAGUGUGGAGCGGAGAAGAAAGUUUCCAAGUACAGCUCAGUUGUUGCAACAGUAUCAGUCGGAAGGCCGACAGGAGUAUACUUGAGGCUAAAGCUCAUUCGUUCAAAUCAAACAUACGUUUUUCCAAUACAUUUAAGCGAUGAAAUCGUUCCUGCUGCUAUUUUUUAUGCCACAAUUGCACCUGUUAUAGGGUGGUUUUUAAUAAAAAAAACCUUAAUAGAUCCAAUGAACCAAGAACGAAAAAGUAUUGAAAUUAAAAAGACAAGAAAAAAUAACGAACAAAGGCUAGCACUAAAAAAAGAAGAAGCUCGAGCAGCAGUUGAACUCAUGAUGCAUACCUAUGAGCGUAUCGUUUUAGAAGAAAACGAUAGACAAGGCCUUAUUAUACUUAAAGCUGUUUAUGGUGCAUUUGAACAGGACGAUGAAAAUGAAUCAAAAAUUGAUGUUACGAUACCAACGCAAUGCUUAGUAAAUACCAGUACAUUGAUUUUGUACAAUUCUACAAAGAGCGAGCUUCCCGGUUUUUAUGACCCUUGCAUUGGCGAAGAGAAAUCCCUAUAUAUAGAGUAUUCCUACCAAAACCAGCAACAUUCUAUAUCGAUAAAAGAUACCGAAGCUAUUCGAUUACCUUUGAGAGAAUAAUUGUUCUACAUUUA